GUUAGAUCAGGCUUCAGUCAGGAACCAUGAAGGCAGAGGCCGUGAGUCUUCACCACCAUAGGGCAGUAGAACACCAUGCCUAGGAGGAUGUCAGAGACGCUCAUCACACCUGUGUAUUGCACUGGGGUGUCAGCGCAAGUGCAGAAACAACGGGACAAGGAGCUGGGCCUGGGCCGCCACGAACAUGCCAUCAAGUACCUGGGCCAGGAUUAUGAGAAUCUGCGCGCAAGAUGCCUGCAGAGUGGGGUCCUCUUCCAAGAUGAGGCCUUCCCCCCAGUUUCUCACAGCCUGGGCUUCAAGGAACUGGGUCCCCACUCCUCUAAAACCUACGGCAUCAAAUGGAAGCGUCCUACGGAGUUGCUGUCAAACCCCCAGUUCAUCGUGGACGGGGCCACCCGAACAGACAUCUGCCAGGGAGCACUGGGGGACUGUUGGCUCCUGGCCGCCAUUGCCUCCCUCACCCUCAACGAGACUAUUCUGCACAGAGUGGUUCCCUUCGGCCAAAGCUUCCAGAAUGGCUACGCCGGCAUCUUUCAUUUCCAGCUGUGGCAGUUUGGGGAGUGGAUAGAUGUGGUUGUCGAUGACUUGCUGCCCACCAAGGACGGGAAGCUGGUGUUCGUGCACUCUGCCCAGGGCAACGAGUUCUGGAGCGCUCUGCUUGAGAAGGCCUAUGCCAAGGUGAACGGCAGCUACGAAGCCCUUUCGGGAGGCUGCACCUCAGAGGCCUUCGAGGACUUUACCGGUGGGGUCACUGAGUGGUACGAUUUGCCCAAGGCACCCAGCGACCUCUUCCAAAUCAUUCAGAAGGCCCUGGAACGUGGCUCCUUGCUGGGCUGCUCCAUUAAUAUCUCCGAUAUCCGGGAUUUGGAGGCUAUCACCUUUAAGAACCUGGUGAGGGGCCAUGCGUACUCUGUGACGGAUGCCAAGCAGGUGAGUUACCAGGGCCAGCGGGUGAGCCUGAUCCGAAUGCGGAACCCCUGGGGUGAGGUGGAGUGGAAAGGACCCUGGAGUGACAGCUCCUCGGAGUGGAACAGAGUGGACCCCUACGAACGAGAGCAGCUGAGGGUCAAGAUGGAGGAUGGGGAGUUCUGGAUGUCAUUUCGAGACUUCUUACGUGAGUUCACCAGACUGGAGAUCUGCAACCUCACACCAGAUGCCCUUAAGAGCCGGACACUCCGCAACUGGAAUACCACAUUUUACGAGGGCACCUGGCGCCGGGGGAGCACCGCUGGUGGCUGCAGGAACUACCCAGCUACCUUCUGGGUAAACCCCCAGUUCAAGAUCCGCUUGGAGGAAGUGGACGAUGAAGAUGACUAUGAACGUCGCGAGUCAGGCUGCAGCUUCGUGCUGGCCCUCAUGCAGAAGCACCGCCGCCGAGAGCGUCGCUUCGGUCGGGACAUGGAGACCAUUGGUUUCGCGGUGUACGAGGUUCCUCGGGAGAUGGUGGGUCAGCCUGUGCACUUGAAGCGCGAUUUCUUCCUGGCCAAUGCCUCUCGGGCCACUUCGGAGACCUUCAUCAACCUUCGGGAAGUCAGUAACCGCAUCCGCCUGCCGCCGGGGGAGUACAUAGUGGUACCCUCCACCUUCGAGCCCAACAAGGAGGGGGACUUUCUGCUGCGUUUCUUCUCAGAGAAGACUGCAGGGACCCUGGAACUAGAUGACCAGAUCCAGGCCGACCUCCCCGAUGAGAAAGUGCUGUCGGAAGAGGAGAUAGAUGAAAACUUCAAAACCCUGUUCAGUAAGCUGGCAGGGGAGGACAUGGAGAUCAGCGUCAAGGAAUUGCAGACCAUCUUGAACAGGAUCAUUAGCAAACACAAAGACCUGCGCACCGACGGCUUCAGCCUAGAGUCAUGCCGCAGCAUGGUGAACCUCAUGGAUCGUGACGGCAACGGGAAGCUGGGCCUGGUGGAGUUCAACAUCCUGUGGAACCGCAUCCGAAAUUACCUGACCAUCUUCCGGAAGUUUGACCUGGAUAAGUCUGGCAGCAUGAGUGCCUAUGAGAUGAGGAUGGCCAUCGAGGCUGCAGGCUUCAAGCUUAACAAGAAGCUGCACGAACUCAUCAUCACCCGCUACGCAGAGCCCGACCUGUGCAUUGACUUUGACAACUUCGUGUGCUGCCUCGUGCGACUGGAGACCAUGUUUCGGUUUUUCAAAAUUCUGGACACAGACCUGGAUGGCAUCGUGACCUUUGAUCUAUUUAAGUGGUUACAGCUGACUAUGUUUGCAUGAAGUGGGGGCUCAGCUCUCAUGGCCCGAGUUCCUCCUUUCUUCUGCCAUGCCACGCCAUGCCUUUCUGCCACGCCACACCAGACCACACCAGCUGCAAGUGCCUUCCUUGAAGCAGGAAGGCACCUUGUCCUCCUGUCCUUUAGCCUCCCCACUACCUCUGUUCAGCUGCUCUGGGCAGUCACAGGGCCUCCCUGCCCCUGUGGCUAAGGGCUCAGAAUGGGCAGCCCUGGACCCUGCUCAUGGCUAAGACCAGGAAGGCAGCUCCCUGCUUAUUCCUGCCUCUGGGGAAGGAGUGGGUACCCCUGCCCCGCUCCCCACUAGUACCCGGGUGUGUGUCAUCCCUAACCUGUGGAGGCUAUAGCCCCUGCCAUCUCCUAGACCUGCAGACUUUAUAACCACAAGCUAAGCUCACUGUCUGCAUCUGGGUUUUGAAUGCCUUGCCUCACCGCGGAAGCCCCACAGCCAGAAUUACCUGUGCCUUCCUGUGCAGCAGCCAAGAUCCCUCUGCAAACCAACCACACUUCUGCUCCAUGGGCCCACCAGGAACUUCCUGGCCUGGAGGGUGCUCAGCCCCUCCCUUCCCCCCUCUCCUCUCAUUUUUUUUUAUAUUGGCCGAUUUCAAAGGAACGCUGGUUGAGGGACUAGUGUACUGGUUAUGGAGGACCAGGCGCUGGGGGGAUGGG